UGGAUAAGCUGAAUAUCUAACCACCACAACAGUGGGCAAGAGUCCUUUAUUAUAUUUCAGGUUAAAAAGUCUGAACAUUAACCACUCAUUUGUCUGAAACUAAUGUUUUUUUUUCCAAAAAAAGGUAAGCUGAACAUCUGGUUCUAUCGCUGGCCAGUUAUGUGUACCAUUCUACAGGAAAUAGAUUAUUUAAUGCACGAUAAACUACCCCCUCCACUUCUUGAUCCAGGCAGAAAAUUACUCAACUGGUUGUCUCUUUAAACUUGUUAGCAAUAUUCCCCUUUCU